AUGAAGUCAUCGAAAGGAAUGCUGAAAAUCGUGAAAACAUUCUCCGAUGAUGCCAUAAAGGAGAAAAAACGUAUUUUGAAAAAAGAAUUGGAGUACCAAAUCCCAGAGUUUUGUCCUUGCGAAGAAAUAUACAACAAACAGCGAGCAAUUGUUAUUGGCCAAAACAGCUACUUCAAAGUGGACGGACCUAAAACAACGGUCGUGCUGAAUUCUGGGACAACCAUUUUGAAAUACACAGGCAAAUCCAUGAAACCUCAAAUUAAAAAGAUCAAGAAACAACUCAAUCGUUGCAGACGUAAAGGAAAAAAAUAA